AUGAAGCUUUCAGCCCUCACCUUUAUCCUGCCGCUUUUAGCGUUCGGCGCAGCGGCCCCGGCCCCGGCCCGCCCCGAGCCCGUUUUCGGCGACGACGCUCCGGCCGAGCUCAACGACGCCUUCCACAUUGAGGACAACGUCCUUAUCGGUCCCGGCGGCUGGUUCGGCUCAGACGGUUUCCAUGCCGGCAAGUACGGCGGCAAGUACGGCGGCAAGUCUGGCGGCAAAUCUGGCGGGACCAGAAGGUCCGGCUUCGGUGGCUUCGGUGGCUUCGGUGGCGGUGGGGGGGGCGGUGGGGCCGGUGGGGGCAAGGGCUUCGGCGGGGGGAAAGGCUUCGGUGGGGGCAAGGGCUUCGGCGGGGGCAAGGGCUUCGGUGGGGGCAAGGGCUUCGGCGGGGGCAAGGGCUUCGGUGGGGGCAAGUCCCGCGGCGGGAAGAAACGCAGCCUCGAGGAGCGCACCGUCUGCGUCUCCUGCAAGGGUCAAGGUUGGGCCAUCCUCGGCAAGGACUGGCGGGUCGACCACGGCAGCCUCGUUGGCCCCCACGGUUGCUGGGGUCUUAACGGCUGGGGCCAGUGCCGUGGCGGCUGCUCGACCGGCCAGUGCGGUGGCCAGGGCGGCGGCCAAGGCGGCGGCGGCAAUGGCGGUCAAGGCGGCGGCGGCAAUGGCGGUCAAGGCGGCGGCGGCAAUGGCGGUGGCAGCGGCGGCAACUCCGGUAAUGGCGGAAACGCUGGCAACGGCGGAAACGCUGGUAACGGCGGAAACGCGGGCGACGGCGGAAACGCGGGCAACGGCGGAAACGCGGGCAACGGCGGAAACGCGGGCAACGGCGGCAAUGGUGGCAACGGCGGUAACGGCGGCAACGGCGGCAAUGGUGGAAACGGAGGCAACUCGGGCUCAGGCGGCGGCGGCCAAGGCGGCGGGAACGGUUCCCCGGGAGGCGGCGGAUCAGGCGGGUCGGGUGGCGGCGGUGGAGGCGGCGGGAACGGCAGUGGCGGCAACAACGGAGGCAACGGAGGCAACGGAGGCAACGGAGGCAACAACGGAGGCAACAACGGAGGCAACAACGGAGGCAACAACGGGGGCAACAACGGAGGCAGCGGUGGCAGCGGCGGCAACAACGGAGGCAGCGGCGGAGGAGGAGGCGGUGGUGGUGGUGGUGGUGGUGGCGGUGGCGGGGGAGGGGGCGGCUCCUGCGUCGGCCCCAAUUGCCCCGGCGGAAGUGGCAGUGGUGGGCACCACGGUGGAGGUCACGGUUGGGGUCACCACGGUGGUCACCACGGCGGCCACCACGGUGGAGGCCACGGCUGCAAGACAGGCAAGUGCCACGACAAGUGA